AUGAGCGACUUCCCUCACAAAGUCCUCGAUCCAAUCGCCACCACCACCGUUCCGCCGACCUACGCCACUCUCAAAGUGGCCCAACGUCAACUCAGUACCAACGCCGCCGCCAUCCCUACGCUCAAUGGUGGUGGCGCCCACGGCCACAUGGCCCUCACGCUUACCGCCCGCGCCUACGCCGACAUCAGCGACGUCCCAUUCGACAUUCCCGUCGCCCCUCCGGCCAACCCUCCCGUCGGCACCACGCAACCGCAAAUCACCGAGUUCAACCGCAUCCACCAACGCAAUGCCGACGUCUACAACCUGUACGUCGCUGUCAAUAAUGCCCUCCGCCAGCAACUUCUCGACGCCCUCCCGAAGAUUUACGUACGCGCCCUUGCACAUCCCAUUUUCGAAUUCAGCACCGUUACCUGCCUCGACCUCCUUUCGCACCUCUGGACCAAAUAUGGUACCAUUAAGCCUGCCGACCUCCAGAAAAAUUUCCAAUCCAUGUACACCCCAUGGAACACUGCCGAACCCAUCGAGACUGUUUUCUUACAGCUUGACGAAGCUAUCGCGUUUUCCAUCGACGGCAACGACCCCAUCUCCGAGGCCGCCGCCGUUCGUGCCGGCUACGACGUCCUAGCUCACUCCGGCCUCUUCCCUCAGGACUGCAAAGACUGGCGCAAAUUACCCCUUGUUUCUCACACCCUUGCCAACUUCCAUCAGCAUUUCACUCUCGCCGACGAAGACCGGCGCCUCACCGCCACCACUGGAUCCCUUGGCUACGCCAAUCUUCUCGCGGCCACUCCCUCUCUGGCUCCAGCCACGGUUUCCGACACCCUUAGCCUUCCUUUCUCCGCGCUCUCUGUGUCCCAGACUUCCGUCUCCUCUCCAGAAAUGACGUAUUGCUGGACUCACGGAACCAGCAAGAACCGGCGCCACACAAGCGCCACUCUUAAUUCGUCUGUAGUCCCCUCCCCGCCUAGUACACACACCUCCGCCAUUGCCGACACUGGCUGCACCGGCCACUACAUUACGGUCGACUGCCCUCACACCCACAAGCACCCAGCAAACCCCAGCCUCGCCGUCCGUGUCCCAAAUGGCGCCGUCCUCCGCUCCAGCCACAUUGCCACCCUGGCCCUGCCUGGUUUCUCCCCUGCCGCCUGCCAAGCCCACAUUUUUCCUGGGCUCGCUUCCCAUCCGCUCCUCUCCAUUGGGCAACUGUGCGAUGACGGCUGCACGGCCACCUUCUCUGCCACUCGCCUCGACAUUCAUCGCGACGCUACCCUGCUGCUCUCUGGGGCCCGCUCCCCCCACACUGGCCUUUGGCACCUUGAUCUUGCCCCAGCUCCCUCUCCCGCGACGGCCCAUGCCCUUGUUCCACACACACCCCUUGCCGACCGCAUUGCUUUUAUCCAUGCCUCACUCUUCUCCCCGGCACUUUCCACGUGGUGCCAGGCACUUGACUUGGGCCAUCUCGCCACCUUUCCGGACCUUUCAUCCCGGCAAAUCCGCAAGCAUCCACCCAGCUCCUCUGCCAUGAUCAAGGGUCACCUCGACCAACAACGAGCUAACCUUCGCUCCACCAAGCUUCCCCCGGUCAGUCCUCCUACCACAACGACACCUCCCGUCGACCACGAGCCUGACAGGGAUCCUCCCGAUGCCCCACCGGUCACACGCACGCACCACGUCUUCGCUGCGCACCAGCGUGUUACCGGCCAAAUCUACACAGACCAACCGGGACGUUUCCUCACUCCGUCCAGUGCAGGCCACAACGACAUGCUUGUGCUUUAUGAUUACGACAGCAACGCCAUCCACGUCGAACUCAUGAAGAACAAGUCCGGCCCGGAGAUACUGGCCGCCUACAAACGCGCUCAUACCCUUUUCACCCAGCGUGGCCUCCGUCCCCAACUCCAGCGUCUGGACAAUGAAGCCUCUGCAGCCCUCCAGUCCUUUAUGACCUCAGAACACGUUGACUUUCAGCUGGCACCCCCCCAUCUACACCGUCGUAAUGCAGCCGAGCGGGCCAUCCGCACCUUCAAGAACCACUUUAUUGCUGGCCUCUGCACCACUAACCCGGAUUUUCCAUUACACCUUUGGGACCGCCUCCUCCCACAAGCCCUUAUCACCCUCAAUCUUCUUCGUCGCUCCCGCAUCAAUCCCAAGCUGUCCGCACACGCCCAGCUUCAUGGUGCUUUCGAUUACAACCGCACCCCGCUUGCUCCUCCCGGUACUCGCGUCCUCGUCCAUGUCAAGCCGUCCGUCCGCGAAACUUGGGCCCCCCAUGCUGUCGAAGGUUGGUACCUCGGCCCCGCCCUGCACCAUUACCGCUGCCACCGAGUCUGGGUCACGGAAACACGUGCCGAACGCGUUGCUGACACCCUUUCCUGGUUCCCGACCCGCAUUCCCAUGCCCACCGCUUCGUCCACCGACCGCGCCCUGGCCGCCGCCCGCGACCUGAUCCAUGCCCUCCAGAAUCCCUCCCCUGCGUCUCCAUUCGCCCCCCUCGACGCCACCCAGCAUCAGGCACUCACCCAACUUGCCAAUCUCUUUGCCACCGUGGCCGCCCCGGCCGCCGCCGUCCCUACAUCCGCUCCCACGCCUCCGGUCCGUCCUCCUGCCCCAGCACCUCCCCCUUCUCAGGUCCGCUUUGCCGUUCCUCUCGUCACGGCCGAACAUGCCCCUGCACUUCCGAGGGUGCCCAUUCCGGCCGCCGCACCUCCGAGGGCCGUCGCCGCCGCAAAGCACGCACACAACCGGCAACCCCAACCCUAGUACCAGCGCAUCCACACAACACCCGCACCCGGCCCUUUCUUGUCCCGGCCUCUGCCAACGCUGUUGUCGACCCCGCCA